GGUAGUAUUCAGUGACAAAUGACAGGUGCUAUGUCGUGCGUUUAAUAAUUUCAAUAUGCAUUGUGAUCUAUUAUAUCUUUUUAAAUAUUGAUUAUAAAAAUAGAUAUAUAAAUAACUGUAUUAUAAAUAAUAACGAUGGAUUCAUAUAUUAUGCACUUACGCCGAAUGUGGCUAAAUCAGGAUGGAGAUGUAUUAGCAGAUCUACUUUCUCUUAGACAUAAUCAUAUUUUAAUACCUAAUAUCGGAUCAGAAGCAGCUAUGACAAAGGCAAUGGAAAAUUUAUCUGCUCCUUUCGAUGAUCUAGACUAUAGCAGCAAUAAAUAAAGAUGACCCUUUUACAAUGUAUACUCACCAAAGUUUGGCAGUUCAAUCUCUAACUAAAAUUCUUCAAAUGCAGAAGGAAGAGAAUUGGAUGCUAAGAGUUAUGAAUGUAAUGUGUUUAGAGUUAAGAUUAUUAGCAGUUCGUACGGAAAGUUCAACAACAAAUAGAAAUAUGAAACCUGGUGAGGUUCUUGAAAAAUGUGCCGAAUGUUUAAUGGGUUGUUUUAGAGUAUGUGCUGCUGAUAAUCGCAGUUCAGAAUAUGAUACAAAAAGAUGGGGGAUGUUGGCAUUAGUUAACCAGCUUCUAAAAGUUUACUUCAGAAUUAAUAAAUUACAUUUAUGUAGACCUCUUAUAAGAGCAAUAGAAUCAUCUCCAUAUAAAGAUCAUUUUGCAUUAGCCCAACAAAUUACGUAUAAAUUUUUUGUUGGUCGUAAAGCUAUGUUUGAUAGCGAUUACAAAACUGCUGAUGCGUAUUUGACAUAUGCAUUUGAACACUGCCAUAAGCAUUCUCUAAAAAAUAAAACAUUAAUUUUAACUUACCUUGUACCAGUUAAAAUGUUGCUUGGAUAUAUGCCAAAAAAAUCUCUAUUAGAAAAAUACAACCUCAUGGAAUUUUGGGAACUAGUGGAAUCCGUAAAGAAAGGAGAUUUACGUAGUUUAGAAAGAGUAAUGACGAAGCACGAAACAUUUUUUAUUGGUGCUGGAAUAUACUUGAUUGUUGAAAAAUUAAAAUUAAUUGCUUAUAGAAAUCUAUUUAAAAAAGUUUAUCUUGUAUUAAACACGCAUCAGAUACCAGUGCAAAGUUUACUUUCAGCAUUAGAAAUGCAUGGCAUUGAAGAUGUUGACAUGGAUGAAACAGAAUGUAUUGUUUCAAACCUAAUAUACGAAGGAAAAAUAAAAGGAUAUAUAUCUCAUCAACAUAAAAAAUUAGUUAUAUCGAAACAAAAUCCAUUUCCUAUAUUGUCUACGAUACUGUAAAGAUUGUUAAUAUUAUUGUGUUAUUGAUAUAUACUAGCACAAUAAAGAUGUAUGAAGUAUAUUUAUAU